UGCUGUGGCUCAACUUCACCACCUAAAACUAAACGCGGAAAGAGAGCGAGAGAGAGAGAGAGAAUUUGAGGUGGAAGUCGGCGUUGAGUUCGUAAAAAUGGCAGCCUUCGCCUCUUCCUCCGCCUCUUUCUCUCUCCUCCCUUCACCUCCGCCGCCAUCACAACAACCACUUCGUCUCUCUUCUACUUUCUCUCUCCUCAAAUUUACCACCUCAACUUCCGCCGUUUCUCGAAGAUGUCGAUCUUUAGUUAUCGUCGCUUCUUCUUCUUCUUCGUCUUCCUCUUCGGUCGAUGAUUUCGAUUCUAGAGAUAAUUCUCUAUCUAAGACUCCAAUACUCUUGGAUUUGAUCCAAGAUAUCGAACCACUGGAUAUCAGCCUCAUCCAGAAAGAUGUCCCUUCUACUACCAUUGAUGCCAUGAAAAGGACGAUCUCGGGCAUGCUUGGUUUGCUUCCUUCAAAUCAAUUUCAAAUCCUCGUUGAGGCUAUGUGGGAACCUCUCUCGAGAUUGCUGGUAUCCUCGAUGAUGACUGGAUAUACUUUAAGAAAUGCUGAAUAUCGACUAUGUCUGGAAAAAAAUCUCGACAUUCAUGAAGAAUUUAAUGAGAGUCACAAAUCAGAGGCCUUUAAUCUCGGUGUGCAAGAGCUAUUACUUGACAGUGUCAGAAGAGUUCAUAUUUCUGGUGAAAGUGAGGUUUCAUCCAGAGGUGGUGAGGAAAUGGCUGAAACUGCAUCCGAAGAUUUCGGUGCUGACAAUCUUGGUGAAAUGACCCCUGAAGUUCAGUCCUAUGUUCGUCACUUGCGAUCUCGCUUAUCUGCUACCAAGAAGGAGCUGAAAGAAGUCAAGAGAAAGAAUUCCGCUCUUCAGAUGCAACAAUUUGUGGGAGAGGAAAAGAAUGAGUUGUUGGAUUACCUACGGUCGUUGCACCCGGAAAAGGUAGCAGAGCUGUCAGAACCAACCUCUCCUGAAGUCAAAGAAACAAUUCAUUCUGUUGUCCAUGGUCUCCUAGCAACAUUAUCUCCAAAGAUGCACUCUAAGGCCCCCCCUCUCUCAGAGAAAAAUGCUUCUGGAGCUUUAAAUGUUGGAAACGAAGACUGUGCAGAACUUCUUGAAAACACCUCGCUUAAUUUUCAGCCGAUAAUUUCACUGACCAGAGACUAUCUUGCUCGGCUUCUUUUUUGCAAUGUAGGAUCUUUUACUGCUAUUGGAUAUUGCUCUCACUUGCGUAUACUCCCCUCUAGAGGUGGGCAUGGGCUGGGCCAGCACGCGGGCCAGCCCUACCUGGCACGAUUUGGACCCGCCCGGCCCGAACUUUCUUGAGCCUGGCCCAUUGUCUGCUACGUGGGCCGCGUGCCUGUCAUGGGAUUAAGUAUAUGCUUGUAAGGCAACAAAUUUCGCAUUUUCAUGUUGGAGAUAUCAAGUUUUCUUUGGUUUUAACUUUUAAGUUAUGGUUGGAUAAAGAUUCAUUUCUAUCAAUUACUCUACUGUUUAUUUGUAGUUGUGAAUCUGAAGUUCUUUGUAGUAGCCUGCGUUUUGUUACUUUGUUUGAUCAACACUUUUUAAAUUUUUUUGAUAUUUGUAGUCUCUCUUGUAUAUAGAAUAAAAAUAUUUGAUCAAUGUUAUUUUUACUUUUUAAA